GAAGAGGGAGAGAGAGAGAAGGCAAAUGUUCCCCCAGCUGUUUCCUGUCUACAGUGUCUGUGUUUUGUAGAUAAAUGUGAGGAUUUUCUCUAAAUCCCUCUUCUGUUUGCUAAAUCUCACUGUCACUGCUAAAUUCAGAGCAGAUAGAGCCUGCGCAAUGGAAUAAAGUCCUCAAAAUUGAAAUGUGACAUUGCUCUCAACAUCUCCCAUCUCUCUGGAUUUCUUUUUGCCUCAUUAUUCCUGCUAACCAAUUCAUUUCCAGACUUUGCACUUCAGAAGCAAUGGAAAAAAUCAGCAGUCUUCCAACCCAAUUAUUUAAGUGCUGCUUUUGUGAUUUCUUGAAGGUCAAGGUGCACAUCAUGUCCUCCUCGCAUCUCUUCUACCUGGCCCUGUGCUUGCUCACCUUCACCAGCUCUGCCACAGCUGGACCGGAGACACUCUGCGGGGCUGAGCUGGUGGACGCUCUUCAGUUCGUGUGUGGAGACAGGGGCUUUUAUUUCAACAAGCCCACGGGGUAUGGCUCCAACAGUCGGAGGGCACCUCAGACAGGCAUUGUGGACGAGUGCUGCUUCCGGAGCUGUGAUCUGAGGAGGCUGGAGAUGUACUGCGCACCCCUCAAGCCUGCCAAGUCGGCCCGCUCUGUCCGUGCCCAGCGCCACACCGACAUGCCCAAGGCUCAGAAGUAUCAGCCCCCAUCUACCAACAAGAAAAUGAAGUCUCAGAGGAGAAGGAAAGGAAGUACAUUUGAAGAACGCAAGUAGAGGGAAUGCAGGAAAUAAGAAUUACAGAAUGUAGGAAGAUCUUCCUGAAGAGUGAAGAAUGACAUGCCACCGGCAGGGUCCUUUGCUGUGCAUGAGUUACCUGUUAAACACCAGAAGACCUACCAAAAAAAUAAGUUUGAUAACAUUUCAAAAGAUGGGCAUUCCCCCAAUGAAAUACACAAGUAAACAUUUCAAGCAUUGUCUUUAGGAGUGAUUGUUAAAAGCUUUGCACCUUGCAAAAAAAAUGGUCCUGGAGUUGGUAGAUUGCUGUUGAUCCUUUAUCAAUAAUGUUCUAUAAAGAAAAAAAUAUAUAUCUAUAUAUAUAUAUCUUAGUCCCUGCCUCUCAAGAGCCACAAAUGCAUGGGUGUUGUCUAGAUCCAGUUGCACUAAAUUUGUCUCUGAAUCUUGGCUGCUGGAGCCAUUCAUUCAGCAGUCUUGUCUAAGUGGUUUAUUAAUUUUUUUAUUUGCACUUCUUUCUACACAACACAGGUUGUUUGUUUUACAGUGUCUGAUGACCUUGUUUGUCUCUCUCCACCUGCCCCCUCCUCCAUCACCAUCACAUUUGCCGAAUUUGGCCUCCGCCAUAGCAGCAGCAAGCAGUCAAGUGGCAUACUGAUUUUUAACCCACGAGAUUCUAUCUGUGGCAUUUAUACCAAAUAUAAGUUGGACGCAUUUAUUUUAGACACAAAGCUUUAUUUUUCCACAUCUUGCUUAAAAAAUGCAAAUAGUUGCAAUUUUGAGGCCAAACAUUUUUAAGUGUAUGUGUUAAGCAUAGAAAGUCUCAAACUCUCAACAAUUCCUUCAAAUGAUGAGUUAGUGUGCGACCUAAUUAGCAACUUCUCCCUUUUAAUUUUUUCCAUAUAGAGCACUAUGUAAAUUUCACAUAUCAACAAUACAGGAUAUAUCAAACAGUAUGUAAAACUCUCUUUUUUAGUACAAUGGUGCUAUUUUGUAGUUUGUUAUAGGAAAGAAUCUGGCCAAAACGGUAAAAGGUGAAAGCAAAACAAAAGAAGAUGCCUGGAGCCAAAGAUGACACAGAGGGGAAGGGUACUAAUAAUCCAUCCACCUGGGAAAGAAGGCAAAGUACCCCCGAUUAUGCCUUCCAAGAGAAACUUAGCACGCAAAGUCCACCGAUGCAAAUGUGUUUGGCGAGUCCAGCGAGGGGUGAGAGAAGCAGAAGGCCAUGGGGUUUAACAGUCCUGGUUUCUUUUCCUCACUGAAGAACAAGCAUCCACCGACUCGGCCAUGGACUCACCACUUUGUGACCUUGGGCAAGUCACUUCACCUCUCUGUGCCUCAGUUUCCUCAUCUGCAAAAUGGGGCAAUACGUCAUCUACCUACCUCACAGGGGUGGUAUGAGGAUUAAAAAGAUAAAGCUCCAGAUUAUUAUCCUGGGUUGCUGUGAAGGUGCAAAGUCAGAGCCCUUGAGUUGCUGGGAUGCAAGGAAUUCUAUAAACAACCCAUUUAGAGCAUAGCUAGAAAAUUGAUGAGCCAAAUAUUCCUGACAUGUCAAUUCUUGUCAAUAAACCUAUCCAAUUAUGUAUACAGCUAGCUAGCUGUGAAGAGCUGGCAGCUUGACCUCUUUUAAAACAUUUUCAAAAUAAGUUAGAAACAUUUGAUUAACAACUUGAUUUUGAAUUCUGCAUUUGGGUUCAUAAAUACAAAAUGAAAAGAAAGGAAAAUAAAAAAGGAGAAAAACAGAAAAGAUUUCUACCAGCAAAAGGGUGAUUACUCAAUAUGUUAAUACUCACUGACUAUUCUAAGCAGUUACUAAAAAUCUAGUAAUACUUCUUUUAAUAUUACAAAUGAUACCCAGUUCAUUUUUAAAAACACAGGUAUUCAUCCUUUAGGCAAUAUUAAAAAUGGUCCAAGAUUUCAACUAUUGAAAUAAUACCUAAUAAAAAAUUAUAAUUCCUUUCUUUAAUAAAUUUUGCUUUUAUCCUUGGUCAUAUGUAUAUUUAUACACACAUAUAUUUUUUUUAAAUUUUUGUUAAAAUAUGCUUGACUAGAGUUGCUAGUUGAGAGGCAAAAAUCUCCUCCACAAGUAGAAAUUUUCCCUCAUGUCUACUUAGAAGAAUGGCCCCUAGACCUCCAUAGAUCUAUCUUAUCCAUUCAACUAAAAAGUGGUAUCAAGAAAAUCCAAUGGCAAGAAGAAGCCCAUAAGGACCUAAAAAAAUAUUUCCUGUCUAUGCACCAAGAUUUUCUUAUUAGAACAAUGAAUCACUCAUCAUUCGGAUCUUUUGUCUGCCCUAUAACUUUUUGGUGAGAAGCAACCAGGUCUGAUUAUUUUAUGAAUAUUGUAACCCUUUUAUUCUUGGAAAAAAAUAUUCUUGGAAAAUAAAAAUAACAUCUUUAGUUUUCAUCCCACUGGUUCACCUCAAGGUUCAGAGGCCAGAAAUAAAAAUAUAUACAUACAUACCUUCCUUCUUUCCUGGAUUUCAGAACAUAUACAAAAAGAAGGCCUAUUUAGGGGUGCCCCUGCUCAGCCAACAAGUAUUUUAACCCUAAGUCCACAGUGUUAUUUGAAUUGAGUAUCUCCGGCAUGCUCAGCAAUGUUCUGAUCACUAUGCGCAGAUGUAAAAAAAACUAUAAGUCACUUUUGCCCUUCAUCUGUUUUCCAGACAUAUGGGUUCUGUGGAGUGAGGUGCCAGAUCUCUCUUCCCAAAAUGGCACUUCUAAUUUUUAUUUUUUGUCCCUAGAGUGUAUCUUUUUAAAUUACUGACUCCCAGCAACACUUUACAUGCAAUCUUCUACCAACCUACAGGUACCCAGAUCUAGCUGGAAUCCUAAGGUAAUCCUAAGAUUGUCUAUGACUUACUUGAUUCACUUAAUAAUUCUAUUCACAGCCCAAAUGCUCUAUUGAGGGAAACUUAAAUAUGCAAAGACAUCAUCUUUCUUAACUUUUCACUACACAUAAUUUUCUCCAACUCUAUUAUGUCACCUAAUUAAAGAUUAACUGAUUAUUACACUAACCUACUAUCUUAUUUUCAAAUGAAUUAAAACUAGAAAGCAAUUUGUUGUAAACUCCAAAAGUCAGCUGGUCACCUUAUACUAUAGCAGAAUGACCCAGGAUUGACAGAAAGGGAGCAACUAAAAUUUGACAACUGAAAACUUUAUAAGCUUUGCUCUGGAAUUUUUAAGUGAGGCAAUUUCAAGAUCUGUAUGAAACAGCCAUAAAUAUUAGCAAGAAUUAGGGUUCAACUUAUAGGCUUACUUCUCAUUUAAAUGACAAUACAGAGUACCUAGCUCAAAUUUUUUUCCCAUUUCCCUGAAUAGCAUCCUAUUUGGGGAAAUGGGAACAAAAUAUUUCCUAUUGUUGUUAAGUAUGCUUGUUUAAACAUUUUAAUAUGAGGAGGCUCCAUUGAAAAAGCUAAUGCAUCUUUCCAUCAAAAUCCAGUCUUCUAGAGCUAGAGGAAAACUCUCCCAACAUAUCACACACACACACACAGUCCAAUGCAAUACUAAGAGAAAAAAAAAAAAUCACUUCCUUGAAAAAUCUUAUUUAAAAAAAGAAGCCUGGCCUCCCUGAGAAUCCUUCCCCUCCUGGGAAUGUCAGUGUUUGUGUAGAUGAAAGCAUCUCAUGCACUGUGGCUCCAGGGUUUCUGUUACUAGUUUAUGCGCUUGGGAGGAUGAUUACAAUGGAAGAUGUAACACAAUUUUGCUUUCCCAUUUAUUGUUUGGCCAGCAAUGCCAAUGUGGUGCUAUUGUUUCUUUAAGAAAGUACUUGACUAAAAAAAAAAAAGGAAAAAAAGAAAAAAAAGAAAGCAUAGACAUAUUUUUUUAAAGUAUAAAAACAACAAUUCUAUAGCUAGAUGGCUUAAUAAGGCAGCAUUAGGUCUAGUCACCACCACCUUUCAACUUUUUAUCACUCACAAGUAGUGGACUGUUUACCAAAUUGUGAGUUUGGGGGUGUAGGGGCAGAAGAUGGAAGUUUUUUAGAAUCAGAAGUCUCCAUUAUUUUGUUGGCUCUCAAACUCAGCAAAAUCAGCACUAAGUUACCCAAUCUGAACACCUUGAUCAGAACAUGGAAUAUAAAUGGGGGAAAAAUACUGUAUCGGCAAAUGGCAGAACUAAAAGGAUGAUUAAGUUACCUAUUGAUUUUUUCUUUUUCUUUUUUUUUUUUUUUUUUUUUUGUGCUCUGUGCUCUAAAACAGAUAUUCAGUAAGUGGAGAAAAUAAAAACAGAGAGAAAAAAUGCAUAGAUUCACCUGCUAAAAAUAGCUUCUGCCACAUCUUCCUUGAGUAAAUCUUUGGCAUUUAUUGGUUUAUAAAAGAUAUCCUCCCUUCAUCUAAACAUCUCAAAGAGCAAUAGCUCCCAUUAAAAACUAUCACUAAUCUCAUCGGGAAAUGUUGGAAAGUGUUUCCUUAUGAGAUGGGGGUUAUCUACUGUUAAGGAAAGAGAAGAAUUUAUGAGAAAUUGUUGAAAGAGAUGGCUAACAAUCUGUGAAGAUUUUUUUUUUGUUUUUGAUUUUUACUUUAUACAGUCUUUAUGAAUCUCUUAAUGUUCAAAAAUGACUUGGUUCUUUCUUCUUUUUUCAUAUUGCAAUGAGGGAUGAUAAGUUAAACUCACAUAGACUCUUCAAAAGUAUAGGCUAGAUAGAAAUGUAUGUUUGACUUGUUGAAACUAUAAUCAGACUAUUUAAAAUGUUUUUGCUAUUUUUAAUCUUAAAAGAUUGUACUAAUUUAUUAGACACAGAUCCUGUUGGGCUUUCUUCAUGAGAAAGAACCUUCCCACCCAAAUCAUGUGGGCUUUCCCAGCAAUGUUUUCAAAAGAUAAAUCUGACUUAUGCAUCAUUUACUUUAAAUUUUUUUAAAUUUUAAAUAGAAAAAUUGUGAUUCUUUAUACCCCUCUCCUGCAAUGAUCAUAAAGUCCAGAAUCUGAGGGGGCAAGAACAAGAAGAAAAUUUUGUUGGUUCUUUGUUUCUGGUUUGUUUGUUUGUUUGUUUGUUUUCAAUGCUAGUGUUUAAUCCUAUAAUACAUAUUUGCUUAUUGACAUUUUAAUAUUCUAAGAGACUUUUCUGUUAGGUAUUAGAAACUGAUGCAUAGAUAUCCUUUUUGUAUGAUUUCUAUUUUUUAAAAAAGGGAGAUGAGAAGACUGUCUGAAGCUUUAAGUGCGUAUGGUACAAGAUAAAGAUAUCAAUUUAAAUAGCCAAAUCCUAUGGGAAACAAUACUUCUUUUAGGGAACCUCUCAUAGAUAAGACAGAGGCCCAGGGAAUUUUUGAAACUGUCUUUAUUCCUCCCAGUCCUUAUUCGUUUAGUAUCAGCCUCAACAUUUUACAGAGGACAGACUAAGCUGACCCUAGAAUUAAAGGGACUUCUUUAAAAAUAUACAGUUUACAUGCUGCCCCGUAAUUUAUGAUUACACAAUGAUUUUAAACAUGGUCCUUCCUUUUCCAUUUUUCAGCUGUCAUCGAUAAGGUCUUUCAAGGAGAAAAAAAAAUAUUUUUGAAAUUAAAAAAAAAGUCCAAAUAUCACUGCCCAUUUGAAAUAUGAGUUAACAUGGAGGACAUAGAGUUCCUUUUACUUAACCCCUGUGGAAUCACCUUCAAAAUGACCUUUCACGAUCCUGAGAAUCUGCCCUUUUCUUAAUUGCCCAGGCUAACUCUAUCCUAAAAAUAAACAUUAUUCACUUUCUUUUGCCCAAAAUGCACUGGUGUAAAAGUAGGAAAAAUGAAAACAGGACUCACAAAUCCCUUCCAAGCCACCCACUGGCUCCACUCACUCACCCAUGGCAAAACCACUUCUGUUAAUCCCUUAAUCUGAUUUUGUUUAGAUAUUUAUCUUGUACCUGCUGCUAUACACACUGCAGGAGGAACUCUGAAACCUCAAGCUGUCUACUCACAUCUCUUAUCUGUGUCUGUGUAUCAUUAAUAUGUCUAUUCAAAAUAGCAAAACCUUUCAAACAUCAUGCAGCUUAUAUUCAGUUUACAUAAGGGCCCCAAAUACCAUGUCAUAUCUCUUUUUGCUAAGAGGGUUAAUAAACUAUGACAAAUGGGAUUACAUCACGUGUUUUGCUUCAUAUGCUCUUAUCACACUUAUAGACUAAAAGUGAUAAAUAAACUUACAGACACUGAAUUAAUUUACCCUGCUACUUUGGAACCAGAAAAUAAUGAUUGGUCAUUCAUUAUGUCUUAGUUCAAAAUCAUAUUUUUUAUUAAAUUAACUCUGAUUGUAUUUGAAAUUAUUAUUCAUUUAUGGCAGAGGAAUAUCAAUCGUAAUGACUUCUAAAAAUGUAACUAACUGAAUCAUUAUCUUACAUUUACUGUUUAAUAAGCAUAUUUUGAAAAUGUAUGGCUAGAGUGUCAUAAUAAAAUUAUAUAUCUUUCUUUAGU